AUGGUCUCGCAUCGACAGGCCGAGAGUUUCGCCUCUGCUGGAGAAAUCAAUACAGAGGUGACGGAAGAACUGCGGAAUAAAUUGACAGAGGCUUCCAUCAAAUGCUCAGAGCGUUGCCUGUACCAAUCCGCGAAAUGGGCGGCCGAACUGCUGACAUCCCUCCCCGACGAAGAUGAGCUUGAUGAUGACGACUCUCAGAUGCAUGAUACGAGUAACGUUCAGUCUUCUUACCGAAUAUAUACGACAAGUUAUGACGAUCCAGACGAGGCAGCUUUGGAGGCGAAAGAGGCACCGAAAUAUCUUUUAGCAAAAGCAUUUUUUGAUACCAAGGAAUUUGAGAGAUGUGCUGCUGUUUUUCUUCCCCCUGCCAUACCAGCUGGUGGCCUCGCAAUCUUCGAGAAGCCCAAAGGACGAACACCUACUUCAACGCCAUUACGACCACAAAGCAAAUCAAAACAGAAUGAGGGAAAUGUCCUCAACCCGUUUCCACGCCUCAGUCAAAAGUCUCUAUUUCUCUCCUUAUACGCCCGAUAUCUGGCUGGAGAAAAGCGGAAGGAGGAAGAGACUGAGAUGGUUCUAGGCCCUGCGGACGGUGGACAGACGACGAAUCGCGAAUUAUCAGCAAUCGCACGUGGGUUAGAAUCAUACUUCCAAGUAAGAGAUGCCCAGGACCCCAAACUCAAACAUUCUCAAGGAUGGUUGGAAUAUCUCUAUGGUGUUGUCCUGUCCAAAUCACGUCAGGAAGUCCUUGCUCAAAAAUGGUUACUCCGUUCCGUUCGCCUCAAUCCCUACCAUUGGGGUGCCUGGGAAGAACUUGCAUCGCUCCUCAGUUCAAUCGAUGAUCUUAACGCACAAGCCUUACCCCAACAUAUUAUGUCUAUUAUGUACCACACUCACGCCAGUGUCGAUCUUUUCUCGACCUCAGACCAAGCCUUGACAUUUGAAAACCUCAAAGUCCUCUUGAACUAUUUUCCCAACUCGACCUUUCUCCUCACACAGCUCGCUCUUUCAUAUUACCACAACAAAGACUACGAGACCUCCGCCUCCAUCUUUCAAGAGCUUCUCACCGCUCACCCGCAUCGUCUUGACGGGCUCGACCAUUAUUCCAAUAUUCUUUACGUCAUGGCUGACAGACCCAAAUUAGCUUUCCUCGCCCAUUUGGCCACAUCGGUCGACAAAUUUCGACCUGAAACUUGUUGCGUAGUGGGCAACUAUUACUCACUCUGCUCUCAACACGAAAAGGCAGUCAUGUACUUUCGCCGUGCUCUGACUUUGGAUCGGAACUUUCUGUCCGCCUGGACCUUGAUGGGGCACGAAUACAUCGAACUGAAAAAUACCCACGCCGCGAUUGAAUCAUACCGACGUGCUGUGGAUGUCAACCGCAAAGACUACCGAGCCUGGUAUGGGCUGGGUCAGGCAUACGAAGUUCUCGACAUGAAUUUCUACGCACUGUUCUACUAUCAGCGGGCGGCAGGACUUCGACCUUACGAUCCCAAAAUGUGGCAAGCCGUUGGUUCAUGCUACACAAAGAUGGACCGGCUUGAACAGGCCAUCAAAGCUCUCAAGCGGGCCCUUGCCGCGGGUGCCUAUUUCGAGAAUGAAGAGUCCCCUCAGCCUUCCUUUAACACUUCCAGCGGUACCGCAACGAGACCUAAGACAACUAACCCCACUAAAUCACGUAAACUCCUCGACCCCGAAACCCUCUUCCAGAUCGCGCUGCUACAUGAGCGCACCAACAAUGAAGCUGAAGCAGCACGAUACAUGGAGCUGUGCCUCGCGCAGGAAACGGGAGGGAGCGCCACUAGUGUGGAGAAGGCGAGAAGGAAACACGCCCGCAGAGAGGCAAGAAAGACUGCCGUUGCCAGCGAGAGACGAGAACGGGUAGCUGCGAUGCGAGCUGAAGCUGGAGGAGAAAUAGAUCCUGAACUCGAAGCUGCGGCUCUCGCAGAUGGAGAUGAUGAUACUGAAAUCUUAUCGUCGCCAUCAGACCCUGAGGAGGCCGGUGGAGGAGAAGGCGCAGAUGGAGAGACCAGUGCACUGGGCGAAGCAGAAGGCUUCGGCACGGGUACCACAGCAACGACAUCCAAAGCUCGCCUUUGGCUCGCAAGGUGGAGUGUCAAGACGGGAGACCUGGAUCGUGCAGAACGUCUAGCCGAGGAGCUCUGCAUGGAUGGCUACGAGGUCGAAGAAGCGAAAGGCUUGGUCCGAGAGGUCAGAGGCAGGAAAGACGCUACUGCUGGUGGUAUUAGUGGUAAGCCUAGAAGCGCUGCAAUCAACGACUUAGGUAGUCCCAUUGAAGAUUGA